AUUUUAGGUGAAGUGGUCUUGUCAAAUUCAGGAUAAUCUUCAUGGAAUGGGUUCACCCAUCUACAUUAUAGGUCAUGACAGGAAUCUCCAGCCACCAUCUGAGAUCAGUGUCGAGUGCAGAAUCAAUGGCCCUCAUUCCGAGUUGUUCGCUCGGUAUUUUUCAUCGCAUCGCAGUGAAAAUCCGCUUAGUACGCAUGCGCAAUGUUCGCACUGCGACUGCGCCAAGUAACUUUACUAUGAUGAAAGUAAUUUUACUCACGGCUUUUUCUUCGCUCCGGCGAUCGUAAUGUGAUUGACAGGAAAUGGGUGUUACUGGGCGGAAACACGGCGUUUCAGGGGCGUGUGGCUGAAAACGCUACCGUUUCCGGAAAAAACGCAGGAGUGGCCGGGGAAACGGUGGGAGUGCCUGGGCGAACGCUGGGUGUGUUUGUGACGUCAACCAGGAACGACAAGCACUGAAAUGAUCGCACAGGCAGAGUAAGUCUGGAGCUACUCUGAAACUGCUAAGUAGUUAGUAAUCGCAAUAUUGCGAAUACAUCGGUCGCAAUUUUAAGAAGCUAAGAUUCACUCCCAGUAGGCGGCGGCUUAGCGUGUGUAACUCUGCUAAAUUCGCCUUGCGACCGAUCAACUCGGAAUGAGGGCCAAUAUUUACACGACUAUUACAAACGAUAUAAAGAAUCUGUUAAGAUCAAUUGUAGUAGCUUCCAUAAACCUGGGAUUGUAUGUGAAGCUGACAUAACCAUAUACAUUUAUUACUGAUACUUAUUCCAGUAGCUGUUUAAUGUCGUUCAUAUUGUACAAAUAAGAAUAAUACAUAUGCAACAACACAUUAUUCUAGCAUAAUAACAACACGUAAGUAAAAAUUUCCAUGCUGUUAAUACCCUGCAUUACGAUAUCCUUUUAUGCAAAGACCGAUUUAAUACUUGGUGUUUUUUUUUUCCUAUACUAGUACAGCAACUUGAAACGACAAAACCCCACAGAACCUUUUAAGAUUAAUUUUUGUAAUUGGUUGUAUACUGUAUUCCCUAAACGAGCAAAUGUGCGUAAAAGCUACGACCAUUUUCCAUUUGAAAUGUUUAAAAAUGUACAAUAAUUAAUGAGGUUAUUAGUGAAGUUAGCCCAACAUUCUACUUCCAGUAUCUUGUUUUGUUGGGUGAUAGGCUAGUGUGUGUAUAUAUAUAUAUAUAUAUAUAUAUAUAUAUAUAUAUAUAUAUAUAUAUAUAUAUACUGUAGGAAAUCUGGAUGUGACUUGUUUUCUCUUAGUCCUUUUCACAGCUAUGGUAUCUGCCUUUUUCUGCAACAACUUCUUAUAAAUGUACUGUAACUUUUUAUGUUAUUUUUUUGGUAGUGAUUCUUAAAGUGUACCUCCUUCCCUGCACAUUGGAGACAGCCAUUUUGUUCUUCUAAGUCAGACCUUGGCAACAUGUGUGUCUCCAGCAUGCACUGCAACAGGUUUAGCAUUCCCUAAUAGCAAAACUGUGGCAAAGCAUUAUGGGACUUUUAGUUUUACAACAGCUGGAGAGCCACAGGUUGGCCAGGCCUGUUCUAAGCAAUAUUUAGCCUAUCAAUUCGGAACUGGUGUCUGAUGUACUUGUUCCUAGACAAAUGAUAAGCUGAUUAUUGGUUCAGACAAAACGUCUGUGCGCAGGUGACAGGCCCACUUUAAUACAGCUUCUAACCUCAAUUUUUUUCUUGUGCUUGGACUAAUAAUUGUAUGAUAUUAAAGUAAUGUAACAUGAAGCUCAGUGCUGCUAUUGCUUACAACUGCUUUUGUUUGUAGUCUGAACAGUUAUUUUUAUGUAACAAAGAAAUGAUUAAAUCUAUCUAGUUGGAUGAA